AUGGGCAUUCCUCCGGUCAGGCCACCGCGUAUUACAAAGUAUCUAAAGCCUUAUGUUCUGAAAAUGCACUUUACAAACAAAUACGUAACUGCGCAAGUGAUCCACACACCAACCGCCACAGUAGCUUCUUCUGCAAGCUCCCAGGAAAAGGCCUUGAGAGAAAGCAUGGAGAUACGCCGGGACGUUGCUGCUGCUGGAAAGAUAGGGAAGAUAUUGGGGGAGCGCCUCCUGCUCAAGAACAUCCCUGCUGUAUCCGUCCAGUUGAAGAGAGAACAGAAAUAUCAUGGUAAGGUUAAAGCUGUCGUUGACAGUGUGGUGGAAGCAGGCCAGCCCAAUGGGAAACACAACCCAUUUGAAGCACAAGGUAGGUCCAAAGCCAAUUACCCAAAACUUUGUAAUUUUGUCCAAAACAAAAGCCCAUUUCAUUUCAGUUUGGAUAAAGUUGAGGGCAUUCUGGUAGUUUCUGUACCUGGACCAAUGACUUUUCGUUCACUCCUCGUGUUAUCGCCGCCUUUAAUCUCCCAUCUCCUGGGGUCCGCCUGUCACUUCGAUCUUAUCGCCAAUGACGUGCUCCUCGAUCCACCUGCCAAGUCACCAUCCUCACUCUGGAUCCGACGAACGUUCCAGAUCAGUCUCGAUCCAGCAUACCUGUUCGAUCUUUAA